UCUAGGCUUGGAACGAAAAUCUCAGGCUAUAGUUCAGCACUGGUUUGUUUGGAGAAAAAUGCAACCUUCAGUAGGCAUGCAACACCUCACGUUCUUUUAAAUUCUCCAUGAGGUAGUUAAGAACUGAGGCAAAGACAAUAAAGCAGGGGAGACAAUACCUCAAGGUUAUUUGGAAUCGGCGUUAAUGUGUGAAGAAUGGAGGAGGAAAGUGUUCAAAGCUCUCACCUGGAAGGCACAGAGGCAAGAGCACCGCCUGGCCACGAUCGAGAAGACGCAGUAGUGGAGCAGAAGCCUAAACUACAAGGUUUUCCCAGAAUACUCCAGGGGUUUUCUAGAGAAGAUUGCAUCGCUUCCUCAUCACAGUCGCUGGAGAACCAUUCAGAAACAGAUCUCGGCCCUCGGUGUGGAGUCCUACUGGAAGGAGAAUCCAUGAUAUCCCGACACGGCGACAGGUGUCAGUGUGACCUCUGGCCUCAGGACUCCGAUUCGGUUUCUUCAUGCUCAGACCAGGAGCUAAAGGAGAUGGGCACUUUCACAGAUGUGCAACUUACUGAAGACUUACUGCAGCUAUUAGACUCCCCAUUAAUCCCUGGAAUUGGAAUGCCUGCUAUACUGAGCUACAAGCAAGAAUCUAGGGACCUCAACUCCAGUUACAGAAGUGUUGCUGAUCAGCCCCCUGAAGCUGUGGCUUCAAAUGCAGAAUGUGAAUUCUGUGGCAGACCAACACUGCCAUUUCCCACCUGCAACCAGCUCGGAAGCGGACGUGCCAGUGAGCUUUUCUGCUGUCCAGAGUACCAGCGGUUGUACGAGUUCCUAGUAAGGGAGAAGAGUGUCAUUCUGGAGAACCAGGGUGGGGAGGCCACCAUCAGCCUUCACCCCCCCGACGAAGACACACAAGAGAGAGAGAGAGCCAAGAAGAGAGCAGCCCAGAGGCUACAAGAACGAGCCCUUGAGAAGUAUUACCAGACAGCUGAGCUGAAUGAUCCCGUCCCCAAUAGCUACUCCAAAUCCAUGAAAACCAUUAGCUACCAGCUGUCCAGCUGUGUGCCGAAGGAGGGAAGCUGGACUGUAGUUCAGGAGCCGGAGACGCCGGAAGGAGCCGGAAGAGAAGAGGAAGUCUUCUUCACAUUCGAGGGGGGUUUCACCCUGACACACAGCAGGGAUAAGGAGAAAUUCACAGAAAAAUACUACGCCAAUGGGAAAAAGUUCCUGACCAUUUUCCCUGAUGGCUCAGCUCAAGUCUUUUAUCCCUCUGGAAACCUGUCAAUCCUGGUCAUUGUCAAUGAGAAAAAUGAAUCCGCAUGCGUGGUGCAGGAGGACAGGCUGGGAGAAGCGGCCAUCCGGGCCAUAUUCCAGUCCAACGGAAAAGCCACUUGCUAUCAUCCAAAUGGAGUUGUUUGGUUGAGCAUCGAUCUUUUCGGCGGGCUGUGCCUGGAUGAGAGGGGCGCCAAGCUGCGGAGGUGGAGGUGGAGCGAGCUCCCUGCCUCCGAUCGGCCAUCCCCCUUCAAGCCCCUGUUCCUGUCGCUGAACCCUCACGUCGGCGUCCGCGUGCUGGAACAAAGGAAGAUGUCCGUGUCCUUCCUGGCUCUGGGGCAGCAGGCCAGGUUCAGCGUGGGCACGGUCCUGCAGGUAAAGGAGCCCAGACUCGCUCCCCCCGUCAGGCCCGCCCUGCUGAAGGAGGACCUGCUCCUGCUGGCGGGGAGGAUAAAGCUGCACUCCGCCUUGCACAAGCUGCACGGCUGCCUGCGCUUCCCCGCCCACGGGCGGCCGCCCAGAGCCAAGCCCCCCUCGUACCUGACCUCGCUCAGCCGGAGGCUGUGGAGCGUCUGCUCGGCGGGGGCCCUGCCGCUGGAUGAGGGAGAGAGGGUGUUCAUCGAAGGCUCGGUGAAAGACUGCCUGUGACCUCGCCGGCCACCCCGCUCCGCCAAAGGCCGCGCGGGAAAAGCUCGCGCCAGCCCGGCAAAGCAGCUGCACGAUCAACGGGAAACUCUUCCAUUACCGCCAGCUGUGAACUGACAGGGCUGUGUUCAAAACGAUACCCCCUCCUGACCACUGGAUUUUUAUUACUCCAGCUGUGCAAGUAGCAAAGGCGCAGAACUCCGUCCAAGCAGGCUUGAGGUU